AUGGCUCCCCAUCUGGCUAGUAUGUGCUCUAAAAUGGCCUCGUCAAGUCACACAAAAGGCGUAACGGACCUUCAGCAGAACCACCUUCGAACCAAAAUGCCUAGAACUAUUAUUCCAGCUAUUCCACUACCGUAUGUACAGAAGCGCCGGAAAAAUCAAGCCGAACGCAUCCAAGUUCUAAAGAAAGUAGAGACCGCAGCAGCCGUAGCCACAGAAGCGUCACUACCGGAAACACAAGAGGAUUUAUCACAGUCAAAUACACUCACAAAGACGCUGGUUGAUGGAGAAGACCAUCAAGUAGUUUCUAACUUAAAUAAGCCAGUUACUUCCCACCCUAGUGAAAUACGAUUUGAGUGUGCUUAUCAAGACAUGAUAUGUAAAGAAACAAUAAAACCUGUAUCAAAUAAAUCACCAGUGGAAAUCGAGGAAACUACUUAUUCUGAGCGUGAUGAAGUCAAGGCAGAAACCAUAAAUCUUAUGAAAAAUUAUCCGAAACAAGAAAGCAAGGGAAGGACAGGAAACUUAAGUAAAGGUCCUUCAGUUGUAAUUGAUUCUAAUCAAGAGUGUAUGUUUUCACUGGCUAGCCAUAAAGUUGCUCUAGAUAAGGAUUCUACAAAUUUGUCGCCCAUGAACGAGAAAAUAUGUCAACCCAUGAGAUUAUCACCUCAACAGACUUUCGGCUCGAAUAAUGUCAACUACAAUGGUAGUGUGGUAAUUGCUAGUCACUUAAAUUCCACAGGAUCAUCACCCGCUCCACUUCAGGCCGUAGUACAAGCAGCUCCUGUUUAUGGAUACGGGAAACCCCCGCCUGGAUAUCAUUCUCAAGUUCCAUCAAGCAACCAGCACAUGCCAGCUGUAUAUUCUAUGCAGCCUCCUCCACCACCAGUUCACUACCUACCUUCAGACGAGUUUUUGAACGGGCUUUUCACAAACGAGUUCUCGCGCAAGCAAAUCAUUUUAUCCGGUCUCACUGACAGGUUUUCUCCCUCUGCGGCUCCGAGUGAAGCUCAUCAUCCACAUAAUUCUACCACGCUAAAUAGUUUUCACGGCUCGCAUACAUCAACUCAGGAUAAUGAUAGUGGCGCUCCGUUUUUCAAACAGAACUCGACUAAUAUUUUUCGCAACGGCGGUAAUGAGCAGGUCGAGGAUUUACGCUCCACCUGUUCAAAAUCCUCUGCAAAUAGGUCUCUAGAGCAGUUUUCUCUACCUCUCCUUCUCCGAAACCAAGCAACACAAAUAGAUAUGUUUGGCGGACUUCCUGAAUACCUAAUUACCCAGUUUGCUGAUCCUGUAUUCGCUGACUGUACCCUCGAACUCCGAUACUCUGAUGACCGUGAUACGCCUAUUUGCAUCCCUGGUCAUAGCCUAAUAUUUGCCCGCAGCAUAACUUUGAAAGAAAUGAUUCUUACUGCACGCCGAGAGAGUGAAGGAAUGACUUCUAGGACUUUGUUAAUUGAAACUCAUGAUCGGUUUUUAUGCACAAAUGGCUUUUACAUGGCGAUACAUAGACUAUACGGUAGUUCACUUCUUGAUCUUGGCCCAAUUAUCCCAAUGUGUCCUGCUAGCCAACAAAAUGUUCCGUUCACCGUCACAACUACAGACCGUUUCAACCUAGCUCUUGGGUACGCAGCAGCUGGCCAUCUUCUCAAACUAGAUGGCGUUGUAAAUCGCGGCUGUGAGAUAGCUGGUCUAGCUUUAAAUUGGGAAACUUUAGAGAAAGGCUUAGACUUUGCCCUUGAUGGCGGGCUUGAAGAUCAGUGGACUAUCCAAGGCUGGGAUUAUAGAAGUGCCUUCGCAACAUACGGACCCGGCGUAAAUAUGAUAAUCCUCAAGGCUAUGGAGCUUAUCUGCCAUAACUUCCCAGUUAGCUUCGAACUAGAUACUUCUGUUGGUGAGGCUAAAUUUGCUCCCCGUCUUCCAACCAUUUCUUACAAACGCCAAUCUUCACUGAGCUCACGUUUAAGCCAAAUUAGAUUUGGAGAUUACGCCACAGAGGAUCCUCAACACUUAAGUGAUUGUCAAACACCAUGUGUUAUACUAUCUCGAGUUUUGCUUAAUUUACCCUGGAAUUUGCUGCAAUUUUUAUUUGAAUCCUCACAUCUAACAAGUACUAUCGGAAAUCUAGCCGCACGACACCGGGUCUUAAGUGACAUUGUUCAAGAGCGAGAAAAGCGAAGACUUGAUAUUGUAACCUGCCUCAAACUAAACUCUGAGGAUUUGGAGUUUUCUCGUGAAUGGGAAGCAGUUGGUUGGGAAGAAAGUGUAAAAGAUCUAUGUCAAGGCGACAGGUGGCCAAGACUUACGCGAACCCGAGCAAACCUCAAUAUACUUAAGCCCUAG